AUGAGCCUCCCUCUCUCGGGGCUGCUCUGUCUCCUGCUACUCUGGCUGCCCUCAGGGAACGCUAUGUUUGGGAAUGAUGGAGUAGAAAUUCAUACUUGCACCGCACUCCAGGGCAGGUGUUUCUUCGGCUGUAAACCAGGGUGGACCUGGAUUGCUUUCUGUCACAAUAUACUGUCUUGUUGUAAGAAAAUGGAAAGCCUUGUACCCCCCCAAGCCAGAGAUUUUUGA